AUGGAAGAAUCCCAUCAUGCAUCAUCAUCGUCAUCAUCCAGCCGUGAUCAAAGACAUCCAUCUUCUUCGACAUCAUAUGCAUGGAGACAUCAUCAUCAUCCCAACAGCGACAGGAACGACCAACCGGGAUAUGCGCAAGAAGUGAAACAUAUAACGCAAUAUGCAAGUCAUCAGUCUCAUCGAGUCGCCGAUUCAACAACAACGCCACUGAUGGGUACCUUGCUACCUCCUCGUGGUUUGCCAGGCAUGAGAGUCUUUGUUUACCUACCAAUCUCUUUUCUUCAACAUGGUCGACACUUUAAACUUGCAUUCAAUCGUACGCUGGUGGAUACGCAGUUGACGUAUGCUGGCGAGGUAGUCACCCUGACGGCUUACGUCCCAUAUCGCGAAAGUACACAAGCUCAAAACAAUAUCGUUCACGUGACUCUUUGCUUGGUUGAAGGGCAAGAGGUGCGUAAUCAAUGGGAUCUUGGCGAAUUUACCUAUGAGCAGCAUCCACCUCUCUUUAGCGAGCCAUGGUCUACUCAUCCCAUUUCUGCUCUUGCUGUAAGCCAAAGAGGAUCAUCGGUGUCACAUUCAUGCAGCAACAACAAUAGCGCAUCUACAAGUGCGGCCGUGCAUGAUACUCGAGCAACCAGUGGUGGUGGUGGGGAUUCCACAACUUUGGAUCCUGGCGCAUCUCCGUUACAUGCUACAACGACGUACGAUGGUAAAGGGCCAUCUAGUAAUAGCAUCUUGUCCUUCCGCUCACAGUUCAGGGUCGAGCCCCAUCGAGUUGUUGCACCAACAGAGGUCCUACAUCAACAUCCACAACAACAGCAACCCUCUCGUCAAUCAAGCAAAAGAAGCAAAAGAAGACCAGAAUCAAACAUCAAUACGGCAUCACAAGGAGAGAGGGAAACAUCCAUUAUCCCACCCGCUGUCCCCUAUGAGUUUUAUUUGUCGUUGCCAUUGACGGUGGGCUUCGAGAUGCUUGACGACUUUGAGGACAUUUUGAAAAAUUGGUCUGAAACAGAGAUCAAAGAAUCACGUCGAGUCGUUUGGUUUUCGCGAGUGAACAGCGUUGCUGAUAUAAGACAACAACAAGAGCGACGUAUGCGUGAUGCCAAUAACCAUGUUGUGGUAUACUGCAAAUGUGCGCCAGCGGAUAUACAAUUUCCACUGAUCACCAACGAGGUUGGCGACAUGCAGGGAAAAGGAGCACUCGUAUCAUGCAUUGCUUGGGAAGGGGAGCACUACGUGACAUCAGUAGACGUGAUCAAGAUUCUUGAAGAAAUGCUUAACAAGUCGUUCACCGUGCAAUCCAAAAACCGGGUUCGUCGUAAUUUGGAAGGGUUCAAGCCUAUCACAGCUAGCAAGCACAAACCUGAGACCGUUAGCUUGUUCAAACUUAUCAUGGGGUUCAAUCAUCCACGACCUCGCAAUAUUGAAAAGGACAUCAAGGUCUUUUAUUGGCGCACACUUCCUGUUGCAUUGAACAAGGUGAUUGACAAGUACUUUUUGGAAUCACUCUCCACCCGCAUUGCACCCAAGAAUGCAUCCAAUCACGAUCGUCCCUUGUUGAGAACAACGUUAUCUUUUCCAACGACAUCGCGUGCGAAAACGACUCCUUCCUCCACACGUCAUCCUCGUGCAUCUUCAUCACUUGAUGGUAACAAGGAUACCAAAUCCAAGGACACGCCACCUCAAUAA